AUGUCGGUCGGCAAACCGUUCUUGACGGCGGCCAUCGGGCUGCUUCGCCGCGAUGAAUGGGACGACGAUGGCGGCGACGACGACGACGCUAACUGCGUGAAGGCAACGCCGGGCCCGAAUGGCAAUGUGCCCAUCACGGCCUGCAAUUCAUACUACAAUUACGACCCCCAGUUUGCCCCCGCCGUGGCCGUGGCUGUGAUUUUCGGCAUACUCACAACAAUCCAUCUUGUCGAAGCCAUCGCGCUCAGGAAGCGAUAUGCCUGGGUCCUGAUCAUGGGCGCUUCGUGGGAAACGAUUGCGUUCGUGCUCCAUUCCCUUGGCGCGAGAGACCAGCAGCAGAUCGCCUACUCGACCGCAUGGAACGUUCUGUUCCUUCUAGCACCGCUGUGGAUCAACGCCUUUGCUUACAUGACGUUUGCGCGCAUGGUUUUGUACUGGCAUCCUGAGGGCAGAGUCGCCGGUCUCAGGGCGACUGUCAUCGCCAAGUGCUUUGUCUGGGCCGAUGUCCUCAGCUUCAUCGUCCAGGCCGCCGGCGGUAUUAUGGCAAACCCUGGUUCCAGCGCCGACGUCAUCAGGAUUGGCUUGAAUAUUUACCUGUCCGGUGUAGGCGUCCAACAAUUCUUUAUUGUCGUCUUUGUCGGCCUCAUGUAUGCCUUCCAGAGGCGCUGUAACCGAGCUCGAGGCACUUUUGGCUACGAUGGGAAGAGGAACUGGAAACCGUUACUGUUUUCGCAGUACGGUGUGCUGACCUGCAUUACUGUUCGAAUCAUCUUCCGGAUUGCCGAGUAUGCUGGUGGUGUCCUGCCUAGCAAUCCGGUGCCCUUCCACGAGGAAUACACCUACGCGCUGGACUGUUUCCCUAUGAUGGUAGCCCUUCUGAUUGUUGCCAUUUGGCAUCCAGGGCGGUACAUGGUAGGUCCCGAAAGCGAGUUCCCCAGGGUGUCGAGAAGGGAGAGGAAGCAAAGGAAGCGGGAGAAGAAUGCAGCAGUGCGCGAGGCGAAGGAGGCCAAGAAGCAAGCAAAGCGAGACGGGAAGAGACAGCGCGGCGACCGCAGCUACGGCUAUGAGCUCUGA